UCCUUCCUAUUCAUUGGUCAGCCUAGGAAGGUGACCUGUCUCCUCAGACAAACCGUGUUUGGUAUCACCUUUACUGUCGCACUUUCCUCUGUGUUGGCUAAAACCAUCACUGUUGUUCUGGCCUUCCUGGCCACCAAGCCGGGAAACAGGAUGAGAAGAUGGAUAGGGAAGAGGCUGGCAGUAUCGGUCAUCAUUGUCUGUUCACUUAUUCAAAUUGGCAUCUGUGCUGUGUGGCUGGCAACCACUCCCCCUUUCCCAGAGUUUGACAUGCACUCUCAGAUCAGUGAGAUCAUUGUGCAAUGCAAUGAAGGCUCAAACACCAUGUUCUACAUCGUCCUGGGCUACAUGGGUUUUCUGGCCAUCAGCAGCUUCACUGUGGCCUUCCAUGCGAGAAAGUUACCAGAUAGCUUUAAUGAAGCCAAGCUGAUCACCUUCAGCAUGCUGGUCUUCUGCACUGUUUGGAUUACUUUUGUCCCAAGCUACUUAAGCACCAAGGGGAAAUACAUGUUCCAUGUCUACCACAGAGGGAUAGACAUUACAGUAGCAGCCCUAGGCCCGCAUCUUGUAACCGUGGUUUCUGCCAUAACACAGGUCCGGAUGAUCAAAGACAGCAAGGUUACUGAACAUGAACAAAGUUUAAUGCCUAAAAAUUACCAGCAUGUUCUUGCCUUCAUCUUUGCAAUUCAAGAGAUCAACAGGAAUGACCAUCUCUUACCCAAUAUCACACUGGGAUUUGAAAUCUAUGACAAUGUUUUCAAUCCGCUGAGAGCCGUUGGGAACACUCUGCAGUUCCUGUUCACAGGGCAGGGGAAUCCUUUGAAUUACAACUGUGACGGGAAGCAGCAGCUAGUCCUUGCCAUUGGUGGGCUCACCUCCCCAAAUUCCAUGCAGAUGGCCAGUGUCUUCAAUACCUACAAGAUCCCACAGAAUCCUAUCCCAGUAUAA